UUUCAGUGAAUUUUUAGCAACCAUUCGAAAAGGUGGAAACGAGUAUACAUUUAGCCCAUGCUAGCCAACGUGAAAUAGAAAGUGCAUAAACAACAACCACAAAAAAAAAAAACACAUUUUACCCAAAAUAAAUUGCCAUCUCAUAUUGUGAUCUGGUAGUAGUGGUGUUAGCAUUAAAAAUUCGCAUUUCAACUAAAAUAUGUGGAAAAAAUAAAUAAUUCAUGGUGAAAUUGAUGUAAAAAUUUCAAAUUAAAAAAAAACGAGAGGAAAAUAUAUUCCAAAUGCAAUUUGAUUCAAUCGAAAAUGAAAUUGAAAAUUUAUCAUCUAUCCAGCAUUAGUUUGCUGUCGUUGUUGUUGUUAUUGUUGGCAAACGGAUUUCAGCACAUUUCUGCUCAACGUACAAAUAUUGGCCUCAUACAUGAAGCCGAUAAUCCCGAUAUGGCAAAGAUCUUUCAAUUGGCCAUUAGCAAAGCCAAUGAGGAAAACGAAGAUAUCCGCCUGCAUGCCGUGACCAUUGAAAUAGAUGCGGGCGAUGCUUUUGGUACAUCCAAAAAACUUUGCAAAAUCUUACGGCAAAAUCUCGUUGCGGUUUUCGGUCCAACGACGGACAUGGCUGCCAAACAUGCCAUGAGUAUUUGUGAUGCCAAAGAGUUGCCGUUUGUGGAUACACGUUGGGAUUUUGGUGCUCAAUUGUCUACGAUUAAUUUGCAUCCGCACCCCUCACAACUGGCCAUGGCCAUAAAAGAUGUGGUUACAACAUUUGGAUGGGAAACCUUUACCAUUAUCUAUGAAUCAGGAGAGUAUCUAAUGUUUGUUAAGGAGCUACUCGAAUUAUAUGGCACCAGUGGCCCCACCAUCGUUGUACGCCGCUAUGAACUUGACCUCAAUGGUAAUUAUCGUAAUGUUUUGCGGCGCAUUAAAAACUCUGGCGAAAGUUCAUUUGUGGUUGUGGGCUCUUUGAAUACAUUGCCUGAAUUAUUAAAACAGGCCCAACAAGUUGGCAUAAUGACUGGAGCGUAUCGUUAUAUUAUUGGCAAUUUGGAUUUUCAAACCAUCGAUUUGGAACCAUAUCAGCAUGGUGACACAAAUAUAACAGCAUUCCGUGUGGUGUCACCCGAAUCGGACAAUGUUGCCGAGGUGGCAAAAAUGUUGUAUGAAUCCGAGGAACCUUUUCAAAAUGUGUCAUGUCCUUUGACUGUUAACAUGGCUUUGGUUUACGACGGUGUCCAGUUGCUGGCCGAGACGUUCAAGCAUGUCCAGUUUCGUCCAGAAGCUUUAAAUUGUAACGAUGACAGUUCAUGGGAUAAAGGAUAUACGUUAGUCAAUUAUAUGAAAUCGUUAAACAUUGAAGGUCUCAGCGGAGAAAUAAAAUUCGAUUAUGAAGGUCUGAGAAGCGAUUUCACUUUGGAAUUAAUAGAACUAAGUGUGUCGGGAGUACAAAAAAUUGGCACAUGGAAGCCGGAGGAAGGUGUUACCAUCGAUCGUCCACCACCCACUGUAAGCGGUGAACCUGACAUGCGUUCAUUGGUCAAUAAAAGUUUUGUUGUUAUAACGGCCAUUAGUGAACCUUAUGGCAUGCUGAAGGAUGUUCCCCAUAAACUGGAAGGCAAUGAUCAAUUUGAAGGUUUCGGCAUUGAACUCAUCGAAGAAUUGGGAAAGAAAUUGGGAUUCUCCUACACUUUUCGUCUGCAAGAGGAUAAUAAGUAUGGAAGUUUAGACGCGAAGACGGGCAAAUGGAAUGGUAUGAUUCUGGAAAUAAUGGAAGGGCGUGCCGAUUUGGGUAUCACCGAUUUAACCAUGACUUCUGAUCGUGAAAGUGCAGUUGACUUUACAAUUCCUUUUAUGAAUUUGGGCAUUGCAAUCUUGUUUCGCAAACCGAUGAAAGAACCCCCAAAACUAUUCUCAUUCAUGUCACCAUUUUCGGGCGAUGUCUGGCUAUGGCUGGGCAUUGCAUACGUGAUGGUGGCAUUGAGCAUGUUUGUGUUGGGUCGCAUCUCACCACCUGAGUGGGAUAAUCCGUAUCCUUGUGUUGAAGAGCCUACCGAACUGGAGAACCAAUUUACUUUCAUUAAUUGCUUUUGGUAUGCCAUGGGAACCCUCUUGCAACAAGGCUCAGAAUUAGCGGCAAAAGGAUUUUCGACGCGAGCGGUUGCUUCAUUUUGGUCUUUCUUCACCCUUAUAUUGGUGUCAUCCUAUACCGCCAAUUUAGCCGCCUUCUUAACGAUUGAAUCGCUCAGCACCCCCAUUGAAAAUGUUGAAGAUUUAGCGGCGAACAAAGGUGGUGUUAAUUACGGAGCAAAACUGGGUGGCAGCACUUCGACUUUUUUUAAGGACGCCAAGUAUCCUACGUACCAGAAAAUGAAUGAAUUUAUGACAAGCCAUCCGGAAUAUAUGACAUCUACAAAUGCCGAAGGUGUUGAACGUGUUGAGAAAGAGAAUUACGCCUUUCUGAUGGAAUCAACGACCAUUGAAUAUAUAACCGAACGGCGUUGCAGUUUAACCCAGGUCGGUUCGUUGUUGGAUGAAAAAGGAUAUGGCAUUGCAAUGCGUAAAAAUUGGCCCUAUCGUAACAUUCUUAGCCAAGCAGUACUGGAGUUGCAGGAACAAGGCGUAUUGGCUAAAAUGAAAACGAAAUGGUGGAAAGAGAAACGGGGCGGCGGUGCUUGUGCGGCUGGAACAUCGGAAAGUGGAGCUGUGGCCUUGGAAUUUAGCAAUUUGGGUGGUGUUUUCUUGGUAACAAUUGUGGGCUGUGUGUUCGGCAUAUUCGUGUCCAUUUUGGAAAUGUUAAUUGGUGUUAAGCAGCGUUGUGAUGAAAAUAAGGACAAAGAAGCUGACGGAGCCGAAGAGCUGGGUAUGCCCAAUGUGGGUGGCAUAUAUGUUGUCCUAUUUAUUGGCUGUGUUGCCGCCACUUGCUUUGGGAUUUUGGAAUGGAUUUGCCACAUUUAUUCAACCUCACGCCAAUACAAGGUACCAUUCAAGGCUGAAUUAAUGGACGAAAUACGUUUUGUUAUGAAAUGCUCCGGCAAUACGAAACCGGCAAAGUAUCCAAAAUCAUCAAGCUCCAAAUCAUCGGCUGUCUCCAAACGUUCAUCAUCAUCGUUGUCAGCCAACUCAUUGGCAACCGAUGAUCAGCAACUACAUAAACGUAAAUCAAUUAAAUGACGUGUAUACAUACAGAGUUCAAAUAUUUUGGAAACGAAUUGAAUAUUAUUUAAU